UCCUUGUGACUGAUAUUCCCCACCAUCGAAUGUGUUCAUAUGUUUAGUUGAAGAAAUUUGGUUAGUCAGUUUCUUUGUGAAUGUUUAGAUGUUGUGUUCGUUUUGAUUUUAAUUUGUCGAUUGAGAUGGAAAGAAAAGAUAGUAAAAUAUGUUGUCCACAACAUCCAGAUGCAUAUUUGUUAGAGGAUUAUAGAGCCGGAGACCUAAUUUGUCAAGACUGUGGAUUAGUGGUUGGGGACAGAGUUAUAGAUGUGGGUGCGGAGUGGAGAACUUUUAGUGAUGAGAAGAGUUUAGGUGGUGAUCCCUCACGUGUUGGUGGGCGUGGGAAUACAUUACUCAGUGGUGAAGAUUUAUCAACAAUGGUCGGUCCUGGAGGACGAGGUGCUGCAGCAUUCGAUUCAUCUGGAAACUCCAAAUAUAAAAAUCAAAGAGAUCUAAGUAGUUCCGACCAAGCUAUGGUUUCUGCAAUAAAGGAGAUUUCUGGAAUGGGUGAUAGGAUAAAUGUGCCACAUUCGAUUACUGACCGAGCUACUAAUUUAUUCAAACAAGUUAAAGAUGGAAAUAAUCUGAAAAGCAGAUCUCGUGAUGCUAUAACUGCAGCUUGUUUAUACAUAGCCUGCAGACAAGAACAUGUACCUCGUACUUUCAAUGAAAUUUGUGCAGUGAGUGGAGUCAGAAAAAAAGAAAUUGGACGUGUUUUCAAACUGAUUCUUAAAGCUUUGGAAACUACAGUUGAUCUUGUAAAUACAGGUGACUUCAUGUCUCGGUUCUGCGCAAAUUUGGAACUUCCAAUAAAGGUACAAAAAGCUGCAAUAUGCAUAGCAAACAAAGCGGAGGAAUUCGACAUUGUUACUGGAAAGUCUCCCGUUUCCAUUGCAGCAGCCGCCAUAUUCAUGGCGUCACAGGCAUCCGAAUGUAAGAAAACUAUACUUGAAAUUGCAGAAAUUGCCGGUUGUGCAGAAUUUACGAUCAUAAAAACAUAUAGGCUAAUGUAUCCUCGAGCAUUCCGACUAUUCCCCGUAGAUUUUGAAUUUGAUACUUCCAUUAAUCAGUUGCCUCAUAUGUAAUAUGUAAUAUACUUGUUUUUAUGUUUAUAAUUAAGUGAAAUAUAUUCUUUUUAUUUAUUCAACCAUGUAUUUCUCUAAAUAAAUUAUAAUGAAAUA